UUAUAAUUGCUUGAAAGAAAUAAGUGAAUAGGAAUUGAGCCUGGAGCGCUUAACCCAGACGACAGCCUCGUACUGAUAAACGCCAUGUCCGCUCCUUGCGUCAAUGACCAGUUUGUAUUGGAAGCGCGCCGCCAUUUGCUUCUCUCCGCUCGCCACGUCUUCGAACACCAAAUUGUCAUUUUCUGCUUUGUUGUGCGCAACCACCGCGAAUUUUCCGGCCGCCACCACCUCCGGGCUCUUCGGGUCCACCGGUUCCCACCCGCCCGCCGGCGUGCCCAAUUCCGCCGCCAUGGAGCAGAAGAGCAUCAGGGACAACACUAACAGUGUAGCAGCAGAGGGGGAAAGGGUCACCGGGAGGCUACAAGCCAGUGCGAGAAAAAAUGUUGUUGAGUCAGCGAGAGCGGUGGUUGCCGCCGAAGAUGGGCGGUGCUCUGAAAUUGGGGUGUCGAUCCUUAAAAUUGGCGGGCAUGCGGUGGAUGCAGCGGUUGCGACUGCUCUAUGUCUCGGGGUUGUCAAUCCCGGUUCCAGUGGGAUUGGCGGCGGAGCUUUCAUGCUCGUCAGAUCUUCUUCUUCUUCACGAAUAGAGGCGUUUGACAUGAGAGAAACUGCUCCGUCAGCUGCUUCAAAGGACAUGUUCAAGAACAACGAGACUUCCAAGGAUAAGGGAGCACUUUCAAUAGGAGUUCCUGGCGAGCUAGCUGGUCUUCAUGAGGCUUGGUUGAAACACGGCCGUCUCCCUUGGACUACUCUAUUCCAACCAGCCAUAAAACUUGCUAGGCACGGGUUUCACAUUGCUCCAUAUCUAGCAUCCAACAUUGCCAAAAACAAAAAUCUUAUAAUGAAUGACACUGGGUUGCGCCAAGUAUAUGCACCAGACGGGAAGUUGUUACAAGAGGGAGAUAUAUGCUACAAUGUGGAACUUAGCAACUCCCUAGAGGCAAUUGCAGGACAAGGACCUAAGGCCUUGUAUGACGGCCUCAUUGGUGAAAAAUUGGUCGAAGAUGUGAGAAAAGCCGGCGGGAUACUGACAAUGAAUGAUUUAAGGAACUAUAGAGUCAAAGUUACUGAUCCUGUUGCUGUCAAUGCUUCAGGAUAUACGAUAUUCGGCAUGCCACCUCCAUCAAGUGGAACUCUUGGUCUCUCCCUGAUUCUCAAAGUCUUAGAAGGCUUUCCCAAUUCGGAUGCUGCAAAAGGUCCUCUGGGUCUGCAUCGUAUGAUCGAAGCGUUGAAACACAUGCUCGGGGUGCGAAUGAACCUUGGUGACCCUGAUUUCGUCAAUGUCACUGGGACAAUCUCGGACAUGCUUUCCCCUUUUUUUGCAAGGAAAAUACGGCGGCGGAUAUAUGAUAACACCACUUUCCCAUCUAAAUACUACAUGCCGAGGUGGAGUCAACUUCAAGACCACGGAACCAGUAACUUCUGCAUUGUAGAUGGAGAUCGAAAUGCUGUGUCAAUGACAACCUCAAUAAACUUUGCUUUUGGAGCUGGAGUUAUGUCAACUUCAACCGGCAUUCUGCUCAAUGACGAAAUGGGAGAUUUCUCAAUACCUACCGAAGUAUCUCCCGAUACGCUCCCUCCCUCUCCAGCCAAUUUCAUUAGUCCUAACAAAAGGCCAUUAUCCUCCAUGACCCCCAUCAUUGUUCUUAAGGAUAAUCAGCUGGCUGGUGUGAUUGGAGGUAGUGGCGGGAUUAACAUAAUUGCAGGAGUGACCCAAGUUUUCAUUAAUCAUUUUGUGUUGGGCAUGAAUCCCUCUGCAGCAGUUCAAAGUCCAAGAGUUUAUCACCAGUUAAUUCCAAAUGUAGUGUUGUAUGAAAACUGGACUGUCAUAGACGGCGACCACAUUGAGCUUUCGGAUGAAAGAAAGCAUUUCUUAGAAGAAAGGGGUCAUCAGCUACAGGCACAAAAUGGAGGAGCAAGCUGCCAAUUUGUUGUUCAAAGCCUACCAGAAUCUGGGCAAGUGUUGGGCAACCAAACGUUCCGUGGCGUGCUCACUGCUGUGAGUGAUCCCAGGAAAGAUGGAAGUUCUGCUGCCAUCUGAUGACACUCACAUCCCUUGUUCCUGAAUUUGUGCAUCUGUUUGGCCUAUUGAAUAAUGACAUAUUGCAUAAGGGACCAACAGUUCUGUUUAUUUUUAUGUAACUGUCUACUUCAACAUCACAGUAUCACAGACACACACACACAAAGUAGAGUUUUUUGAGUUAUGGUGUUGACAUAUAGUAUGCCAUGUGUGCAAUAAUAAUGAUGUGCCCCU